UCCAAUCACAAUGCACCCGAGCGCAGCGGUAUCAUUUCAAACAGUCGGUUUGGUGUGCAGAGCAGCAGCCAUGUUGUGCGCUUACUGCAUGUCUGCAUACUUUAAGUAGCAAGCUGUGGUUUUGUCUUUUAGUUUGUAGAUGUUAUGCAUUUAUUGUGCAUUAAUUAAACAUAGAAUCUUGCUGAAUGUGUCGCUGAAGGUCCUUUUGUCUCGGAUGUCAGUGGUACAGACUCAAUGGACUCGCACAUUAUCACACCAGGUCCUUACAGAGCCACUAAACUGUGGAAUGAAGUAACUAAGCUUUUCCGGGCGGGGAUGCCUGUGAAGAAGCAUCGGCAGCACUUGAAGGCUUAUCCGAACUGCUUCACCGCCACCGCAGCUGUAGACUGGUUGCACGACCUCCUCAGAAACAACUGUAACUUUGGACCUGAGGUCACCAGGCAGCAGACUGUCCAGCUUUUAAAGAAGUUCUUAAAAAAUCAUGUCAUUGAGGAUGUAAAAGGACGAUGGGGUGUGGAGGACUUGGACGACAACAGUCAGCUCUAUAGGUUUCCACCAACAUCACCGCUGAAGCCGAUCCCUGCUAGUUCUCAAGGCACAAGGAAAAAGAGUUUGUCUUUGAAGGACAGAGACAGCUUCUUCAAACUGAGAGGUUCCAAGAAAUUUGACAAAGAAAUCCAAGAAAAUAUAGCUCCAGCUGUAGAAGAUUCUUCCAACGGCUCAUCCUCAGAAGAUGCUGUACACUGUAGAGAAGUCACAGAGGAAGAAAUUCAGGAUAUUUGGAAGAAUGUAACAUUGACACAUUUACAGAAGUUGCUGGGUUUGCCAUCUCUGGAAGAUGUUUUGAAUCCAGCAGAAGUAAAUUCUCACUUCAUUAUGUAUAACAUGACCAAAGUGAACAAGCAUGGAGUUGUUACUUUGGAAGAUAAGACGGAGGAUUUGCCCCACUGGGUUUUGUCAGCUAUGAAAUGUCUUGCAAACUGGCCAAAGUUUGACCAGCCAUCUUACCCAGGCUUUGAGAGGGAUGUCUUCAAAUCAGUGUCUGACUAUUUUCACAGUCUUCCCCAGCCAAUGCUGACCUUUCAGUACUAUGAAUUGUUUGUUAAUGUUCUGGUUUUGUGCGGUUAUGCCACUGCUCCCAGUACUCAGCGUGGAAAGCGUAAAAACCUGGAGGAGCUGAGCUGUCCGCAGCCAGCUAAAGCCCCUCAUCUGAACUCUGCCAAUGCCUUUAGAUCCACUGAGUGCCUCUUGCUGAGUUUGAUAAGAAAGGAGUCCUUUGAGGAGACUGAGUCCCCCAUGAAAGAGGUGUUUGCCACUAAAAUUAAGACCCAGUUUGCGGGCUCAAGGGCACACUCCAAUGGACGUCCACUUAACAGGUUUCCACUCAGGAGUUGCUCUUUGGAAAGAAUCCUGGAUGAAUCUGCAGAUUCAUGCCCAAAAUGGGAGCUCUUCAGGUCUGCUGAAAGUCUAGCAUCCUUCAGGACUAACAGCACUGACAGUUCCUCCCCUCAAGGAAGUUCUCCAGCAGAUAUGGAGUCUAAACCUGAUGGUUCUUCCUCCGUGUCCUCUAACACCUCCCCAAGUGAGACUUGUCCCACUACAGAGACUUCUCAAAGCAACAGCAGCUCAAGCUCCCAUCUCUCCUCAGAACGUCAACCCACCAGUCAGAGAACUGCCAGGCUUCGGCCCAGAAGCAUCGGGAACUGUCUUGAUAUAUUGGAGCACAGAGAAAUGUCAGCAAGUUGCUUUAGCAUCAAUGCUCCAAUAGCAGAAAUUACUAUGAGACCAGACUUGUCCUCCUCUACUGUUAAUCUUAGAGGUCCUGGGUUCGUCCGUUUGCAUGGAAGUUGCUUGGAUGUCAGCACAGGGCCAAGCAAUAGCAGACGUUAUCACAGCUCUCUAGAUCUGUGCAAGCCUGUUGUGCCGUCUCGUCCCUCAAUGUCUUCUGUUGCACGUCGCCUGAGUCCUGAGCAAAGCUUGCUGCAGCCUUCGUUGGAGCGUCUUGCCAUUGAGGCACUGCAGCUCUGCACCCUUCUCCUUCCUCCGGUUUCUCGCCGCAAACUGCAGCUGCUACUGCGCAUGAUCUCACGCAUGAGCCAGAACGUGGACAUGCCUCGGUUACAUGACACCAUCGGCACACGCACACUGAUGGUGCAAACGUUCUCUCGCUGUGUGUUGAGCUGUGAGGAGGAAGUAGAUCUGGAUGAGCUCUUGGCCACCAGGCUACUGUCCUUUUUAAUGGACCAUCAUCAAGAGGUACUCCAGGUACCCAUGUACCUGCGCAAUGCUGUUGAACAACAUAUCGCCUACCUCAGAUCACAGAAGAGACUCCCUCUUCAAACCUACGCAUUCUGCAAACAGAUCAGCACUCAGGAGUUUGAGGAGCAGAAGCUGUCUUUGUCUCAAGCAGCUGUUGCAGAGCUGCUGGAGAGCAUCAUCAAGGACAAAGGCAUGUCAGUCAAGGAGAAGAAGAAGAAGCUUAGACUGUUUCAGAAGGAAUAUCCUGACAUCUACUCUCGCCGCUUCCCCACCACAGAGAGCGAGGCACAGCUUUUUGCAGAUAAACCAAAGAUCAAACCACCAAUGUUGAUUGGCAUGAGGAAGGCUAAAGCAUUUAGCAUUCGAAACUGAAUACCUCUGAAAAUACGUGUUGUAGCGGUGUGUACGUGAGUGUCAUGUGGUUAUGUCAUGGAUGCUUUAGGAAUAGCUCUUCAUUGUUGGGGGUCAAACAAACAUAUAUGUUUUUGCGUUUGUGUUAACUCGCCUAGUAAGAGCAGAAAGAGCAAGUGGUCCACAUGACUGGGAUUACCAUUACGUUGUACUAUUGCCUGGGAUUGAAGUGUUUUUAUGUCAUGCCGUUUAAGGGACGACAGUUGUUGUUGUUGUUGUUUUUAAUGAAUUUUUUUUCCCUCACUUUAUAUAUUUGUUAUUUAUUUUAUGCACAUAGUUGCCUUGCAUUCGUGGGAGCUAUAAAACAGUUUCAUUUUCCAUAUUCAUAAAAUAAAGGGCAUUUCAGGGUUAGUUUUAGUGGUUUUAGCAUUCUCUGUUAAUAGUUUGGGAAAUUUUAACUCUGGUGCUUUAAACUAAGCCUGUCUAACUGGAAUCAUAGGUGAGUAGAAUUUUACAUGAAAUGUUUACAAAAGGAUUAACAGCUAUUCAUUUAAGCAAGGUUGUUUAUAAACCAAAUGAAGGUUUGUUUAAUAACAUUAUUUGUUGGUCUGUUUUAUUUAUACUUUAUCAGUGUUCCCCGUCUGUUCAUGUAAACAUUUUUUCCCCAGAUUUUAACUAAUGUGUUAUUACUAGUUUGAUUGGUUUGUUGUGAACUCAUUUCUGUUUUACCAUUUAAUAUGAAUUCAAGCUCAACUGGCACCGUAAUUCCAGCAUAGUAACUUGAAAACUAAAUUCACACUCAUGCUCUAGAGGGUUUUUUUUCCCCACUGCAGUUUUUCUAUCAGUUUUUCUGAGUGUAUGCUUUAUAAUGGGAUACAUUUUUAACUUUGCUAGGCAAGUGAACCUUUAGUUUCAACCUGCUAUGCAAUAGAAAUGAUUUUUGCACUAUUUAUCACAUCACUGGCCUCACAGAACAUCAGAUUUUGUCAUCUGAUGUCUAUUUAAAUGUCAUCAUAACAGUUUAUCUAACCAUUUAGAAAAGUUUUUAGCCUGACAGUCUAGUAUUUUUAAUAUAAUGUUUUAAUAUUUGUUUGAGUACAUUGUUUUGAUAUUAAAAUAUAAUUAAAAAUAAAUUCAUUCAACCUGCUACUGAAGUCUGCUCUGGGCCAGGCCUUCCAAAAAUUAUUUGCUCUGAUUGCUACUGACGUCAGUGUUGAUGUGUGAUCAUGAGCAGUAUUCAUGAUGUGAUGCUUUUGUUUACCACACCAUUUGAUGGUUAUUAACCAUGCCAGGAUUUUCUGUGAUGUACAGUUUCUAUGGAUUUUAUGCUAUGCAAUAAAAGAAAAGGAAA